UCUUUAUUAAUUGAAUGCAAGUUGAGUGAAAUCAAAACAAUGAACUUUCAAGCUCUUCACCACCCGAGCUAUUUUCCCAGUUAUUUCAGCAUUAACGACAUCUUGGCCACAAAUGAGAGAGUGCCGUGUAAAUUUGAACGAACUGCUUACGGCGUGGGUUAUCUUGAUGCUUCAAGCGGCAAUAAAGAUUUAGAAGCAGGAACACAACUUGAAGUACCAUGCUGGUUGGCCCGAGCAUUGUAUUCCCGUCGGCGUAUUGUCACCUGCCAACUGCCAAAAACCUUCAAGGAACGAUACAGGGAAAUACUGAAAGCAGAUGCAAGUUUAGUUGAUCUUCAUAUGCUCUCUCCCCACUUCUAUGAGUUGGGCCAGCAUAUUUUACCCCUUGCUGGCACUGAGGCACCUAUUUUGGGCACACUCUUAGUUGAGACAUUAAGGGAUCGUUUAAGGAGUAUCAUGGACACAUCACUGAAUUCUCUUGAGGAUGAUGCAAACUCUCAUAUGGCCAAGUUGGAUGAAUUGGAAAGAUCACUGUUUCGCACGGGACGAAAGACUUUUCAUGAUCACCGACUUUGGCUUUCUCGCAGGGCGCACAUUGUCACCACUUCUCCUAUGGUUGAACAACACAAUAAGAGAAAAUUCUCUGAAUUGUCUUAGCAACUGCAAAAUGACAGAAAUAUUCUGGUAAAAUAUAUUAAUACCUGUACUGUACUUAUAAAACUUUAGUGUUUCGUGUGAGAAUCAAAUUAGCCUGGCCAUUGAAUUUGGGGGCCCCUCAAAUAUACAGUAUAUCUGAAUCUCGUGCCUUUUUGAUACUGUACAGUAAAGGGAAAUGUAUGAAUACUGGUACUGUACUUUGAAUAAUGAAACAACCUCGUUUGGUCUUGUAACAGUCAUUCACUGGCUUGCAGAGAUUGCACCAUUUGGUGUAAUACUUGUUAAAACCAGUCUUGCAAUGAUACAAAUGCCUUUAUCUAAAUGAGUACUGUAUAUUCUUUUGGAUGUUAAAUAAUAUAAAUGAAUACUGUAUAAUUCACCAUUGUUGAAAUGUGCCUAUUUCAUUACUGUAUUUUGAGCUAGCUACACAAAGAAUAUUGAAUUUAAGACUGAUGAAUGUACUGUAUUUUCUUGUAUAUUCUUUUGUUUUUCUUUUGUAUAAUAUUAAGGAUACAUGACCUUUAAGCUCAAAGACACCUUUGAGGGAUGGAGAGCCAUGCUCAGGACUUUGUAUAUCUUUCCUAUACAGUAUUUUAUCCCAUUACUAGUGUGUUAAAUGUAUGCAGUAUACUCUAUCCUGUAUAUCACAAUUCUAAUUAGAUGUUCAUUAUGUAAGUUAUUUUUUUUAAUUUAAAUUGUCAUACAAACCUGUUUUAAGUUUGGUAUUGCUAGAUUUAGGUUGCACACAGCAUUUAAAUUCAGAGUUGGGGAGCAUUUUUUUUAUAUUUUAAUAAAUGGUACUCACAUAAUUAGGUAUACCGAGUUUGAGCUUCAGCUCUUUCAUCUCGCUUCUUAACUUUCAGUUGGGUAGUGUACUUGAUCUCAAGCCUCUUUAGAAUCUUGUCAUAUGUACAUUUAAAUCUGUGUACAGUAUUAAGAUUACCUCAUCCACUUUACUUUUUAGCACAUUAUGUUGAUCAAUUUUCCGACUGAAAACAUUCUUUCAAAUGCGUCUGGGGGGCUCUUUUAGGUACUUGGUUUCCCAUAUUUAUGUACCACCCAUUUUAAUACCUUAUAAUCUGUUCUCAUCUGCCCUGCCUACGCACCUGAGAAUUUUGCAUGUGGUAAUCACAUCUCCACUGACUCCUCUCUUUCUGUGACUUGAGAUUUUAUUCCUUUAGUCUUUCAUCUUAACCCUCUCAAUUCUGAGACUAGUCUUAUGGCAUACUUUUGUACUUGUUGAGGAAUGGGGAAGGAAGAACCAUUUCUUGGAUCUAUGACUUUUUUUUUAUCCAUUGUAUAGAUAUUAA